AUGGUCUCGGUAAACUUAUUUGCUCGGGUAGCUGCAAUUGUCAUACUAACAGCUCAAGUCAAUGCUUUGAUUUGUUAUGAAAAUGAUGAAUCUGGCAACCUAUAUGAGAUAUCAAAUGAAUCCUGGGAUUAUUGCGUCUUCAUUCCGGGUCAAAAAGAAAGUCGAGUAUUUGGUGUUGGUAAAGAGGCAGAUUGGACAGAAGCAUACGAUGAAGCAUUUAAUAAAUCGGAUAAAAUAUAUCAAGUACUAUCUCUUUGUCUCCUAGAGAAAUAUGAUUUCGGUCAGUUGAACCCGAAAAGUGUCAUCAAUACAUCAGAAUCGGUAGAAUUCAUUUUCCGAUGCAUCUGCAACUAUAAUCGUUGUAACAGUGCUACAACGUUUAGUAACUAUUUGAAGACGAUCAAAUCGGACAAUAUUUCGCAGUAG